AUGUCCCAGUCCAAUUUCACCGGCACCCAGGAUGACUGCGGGACCCUCCUGUGCUCUGUGGCCCUGGCAGACCCCACCAGUCUGGCGGAGAGAGUGGACUGCUUGGGAAGCACAGCUCACAUUGUCUCCCAGAAGUUCGAGGAAGAGCUUUCUGAAGUGAAGGGGUAUGUCCAAUUAAUCAGUAUAUAUGAAAAGAAACUUUCAAACCUAACUGUCUGAAUAGAGAUCAUGGAAAAGGAUACCAUUUCUUAUACUGAACUGGAUCUUGUCCAGUUAGAAGUGAAAGAGAUGGAGAAACUGAUCAUCUGGCUGAAGGACAGUUUUCUUGGAAGCCCAGAAAUUGUUGACCAGCUGGAAGUAGAGAUAAGGAAUAUGACUCUCCUGGUAGAGAAGCUUGAGGCACUAGACAGAAACAAUGUCCUUACUGUUUGCUGAGAAAUUGCAAUUAUGAAGAACAAGCUAAAGGAAUGUGAAGACUCUAAAGGUGAAAAUGUUCCUGUUGCCCUGCCUCGUAAAUGCCCUUUUUAUCUUCUUGUUUGUUUGGGGAGCUGUGCUCGUGGUGGUAUGGGGAACAUCAGCCGGCCUACUGUAGUUCCCCUCAGAAGAAGGUUAGCCUUCAAAUGUGGUGCCUGGGGUCAGAAUCACUCUCCCCAGAGUCCAGACAAAGGGCUGCAUUGGGCGGCACCUUCAUAUACAGAUGGGAGAACUUUGGAUUAUUACAGAGUCUAUAACACACUGGAUGAUCUACUAUUGUAUUUAAAUGACCGAGAAUACCAGAUUUACUAUGGUCAAGGUGGUGGUAUAGCAGUUUACAGAAACAACAUGUAUGUCAACCAGUUAAACACCCGCAACAUCGUCAAAAUUAACCUGACUACCAACACAGCUGCUGUGACUCCAACUCUCCCUAAUGCUGCAUAUAAUAACCGCUUUUCAUAUGCUAAUGUUGGCUGGCAAGAUAUUGACUUUGCUGUAGAUGAACAUGGAUUGCGGGUGAUUUUUUAUUCAACUGAAGCCAGUACUGGUAACAUGGUGACUAGUAAACUUAAUGACACCACACUUAAGGUGCUAAACACUUGGUAUACCACACAGUAUAAACCAUCUGUUUCUAACGUCUUCAUGGUACGUGGGGUUCUGUAUGCCACUCUACUCUGAACACCAGGGUAGAUUUUCUACUACUAUGACACAAACACAGAGAAAGAGGGUAGACUAAACAUUAUAAUGCAUAAGAUGCAUGAAACCACGCAAAGCGUUAAUUAUCAUCCUUUUGACCAGAAACUUUAUGUCUACAACAAUGGCUACCUUCUGAAUUAUGAUCUUGUCUUUAAGCAGAACCCCACUAUACUCUUCAGCUGUUAG